CAUCUUGCUUUUAAUUUCCUCUCCAUUCCCUUGUGCAUUGGCUUUGUUUCAGAAAAUCCUAGACUUACAGAGACUGUGAGCUUGAGGCAAACAGAUGGGGAAGAAACAUUUAAAGCUGCAGUAUGGUAUAAUGGUAAAACUGUCGAUCAAGACGGAAACAACCCACGUUAUUUUGGUGGCAUGGUGAAGUCCAUCGAUGUAGAUCCAAAUACAAAGGUGGAUGUGUUUCUUUGCACUGUUAGAGACAUUUUUGGCAUACCUGAAGCAGUUCCUAUUUCAAUGAAAUACCACAUUUUCUUUUCUCCGGAGACAUCCAAGCUUGUUGAUGUUACUCCUGCUUACGAGUCCCUAAAGUUCAUAAUCCAACCUGGUCUUAUGCUACAUCACUUCUAUGUUGAGGAGAAUGUGGUCGAAGAUGACAUUGACACAUACUCAAAUGCGCCGAGAUGUAGCCGAUCUGCUGGAUACUCCGGUGCUGUUCAGUCGCCUCCAACAGGAGUAGAAAUUCCUGUCAAGCCAAGUGCUCAUGUACAUGUUGGUGGUUCUUCGAGCCAUGCCCAAAGCAGUUCCCAAGCUCUAGUGCUGAAUCCCAUUCCCACGAGGAAAUCCAAUAAAAGAAGCGUGAUGGACCGAGACGAUCCGGUCAAUGCGGUAACAGUUGGUGGCCAUGUUGGAAGGACUUCUUCUACAAAUAGCUCACAUGUAAACGACUUGAUGCGGAUAUGUAUCACGUCUCUCUGUGGCAAGGAAAAACCUUUAGAUAUUGAGAGGACUGACACUAUCGGGAGCAUAAAGGAAAGGAUCCGCAAAAUAGAAGGCACCGCAGUCAAGGAUCAAAUACUAGCCUAUAAAGGUAUAAUAAUAAGGCAACAACAAGAUCAUCUCACUGUAGCAUAUCUUGGCAUCCACGAAGGAAGCACUAUAGAUAUACUACAGUGCAUGAAAGGAUGUUAAUUAGAUAAUCAGUAUAUGCACUUAAAAUAAUGUGAAUUGGUAUUUAUAUAUAUUCUGUUAUGCUUCAUUUGAAGGCAUGUUAGUUGGUUCCUAGAUUAUUUGUUGCUUUAAUUGCUUAA